AUUUUGAAGAAGAAGGCGACGAAGAUGAGCGCCAUUAUGUCGCAGAGUGGAGAAGAGGGAGUAAACGACCACGUGAAGGAUGGCAAGCUUUCGAUUGUGAAGUGGAGAAAGUGGGAGACAGUUGGAACUUGUUCAAAUGCGUGAUGCAAUGACAAGAGCAGAAGAGACUCCAGCUUUGAAAAGAAAGAAAUUUCAAAAUAGCAGAUAUGCUGAUGAAUCCAGCAGUGACACCAAAGACACUCAAGUGUGCCAGAACUCAAAGACUAAAGCAUCUGCAAAGCAACAAAGGUCUACUGAAAUUCUGAAUCAGCUGACUAAGAAACCGCAAACUAAUAAAGAGGAUGGAGAGGUACAACAACUUAAAACUAAAAUUCAAGAACUAGAACAGGAGAAUAAGAAGCUCAAGGAAAUGGUAGUUGGAGCUAUCCCUGUGAUAUUGGACAAAAUUGAGGAGCUAGGAAAGAGGGACAACUCUGGUCCUACUGACCACUCUAUUGACAGUGAGGCAAAUUGUCUUUGUGGAAGUCCACGGUAUGCUGCGUCGUCUGCAGGAUCAACUGUGUCCAUAUCCUCAAUUCCUCAAUCACAAGGAAAUGGAAGACAACUUGACAAGGUGGAAAUUCAUCCAGGAAGUGGAGUGUAUAUAGACCAGCUGGCUUGGACAAUAACAAAUAAGGCUACUUCCUACACUUCAUUUGUGAGAAAUGCUAUGCUCUCUGUGUUUGACAUUGAAACUUUAGUAAAAAGUAAUUUACGUGGUGGAAGUGGCAAACGACAGAAACAUGGGGAAAGAAGAGAGGCCUUGGAUCCCAACAAAGUGAAUGCCAUAUACGCUGCAACUCUGAUGAAAUUUCCACUUGCCACCAAAUCACAGAUUGGUUCUGUAAUUAAUGGGAAAAUAGCUGAACUUAGGUAUGGAAUAAAGAAAAACGCACACAAAAAUACACAAGGCUUUAAUGAUACUAACUGAUACUGGUACUGGGCUUAGAAGUCAUAAACUGUGUGGUAGUUCUAGUUCUGUUUUAGGUUUCCCCUGUAUUUUAUUUAGAUGUUUAAUUUCGAAAACAAAUGAAACAUCCCUUAUUGAAGUUUUCCCUGUUGACUUUAUUGUAAUGUUUUUGCACUUUUACCAUUGAUUUACCUUACUUUUACCAUGGUUUCCUACCGUUUUCAAUUAUUUUAAGAUAUCUUCAAAUAUUUCAAUAUGUCUGUUUGGCGAGCUACAGGGCCAAACUGCCAGUUAGAGAUACCUUCAAAUAUUUGAAGGUAUCUCUAAAUGAUGAUUCGGCUUGCCGUAAGAAAUAGUGUUAAUUUACAGUAGUGUUAUUGUAUCUAUAGUGAUAAUGUACAUGUGUAUAUCCGAGAAAUAUUAGGGGAUGAAAGUAAUGUUUUUUUUUUUUUUAAGUAAUUCAGUGAAACUCCAACUCUGUUUAUAACAAGAUUGUAAACAAGAUUUUGCAGUCGCUCAGAUGAGGGCUCAAACUGAUAACUGUUCAAUAAAGUUUUAUAAAUUUAUAAAA